CCCGGCGGCUCCUGCAGGGUCUGCAGAGAGGAGCAUUGGAGAAGAGGAAGAGGAGAAGCGCCAGAGUUUUCUGAAGAUGAGGGCGUGUGUGCUGGUUCUGGCUUUGUCCCUGGUUCUGACCGUGUGCGUGGCCCGGUCUCCGUACCAGACGGUGCUGCAGCACAGCCGGAUCCGAGGCCGGCAGCAGGGACCGAAUGUUUGUGCCAUGCAGCAAGUUAAAGGCUCUGACAAGAAAUAUUUCACCAACUGCAAACAGUGGUACCACCGGAAGAUCUGCGGCAAACCCACGGUGAUCACAUAUGAGUGCUGUCCAGGUUACGAGAAGAUUUCUGGAGAGAAAGGCUGUCCUGCAGCGCUGCCUCUGGUGAACAUCUACAACACUCUGGGCGUAGCGGGAGCCUCCACCACUCAGCAGUACUCGGAGCGAGCCGACCUAAGGAAUGAGAUCGAGGGUCCUGGGAGCUUCACGUUCUUUGCUCCCAGCAAUGGGGCCUGGGCCAACCUGCCAACAGAGAUCCUGGACGCCCUGGUGAGCAACGUGAACAUCGAGCUGCUGAACGCUCUUCAUUACCACAUGGUAGACCAAAGGCUGACAUCUGAGGAGCUGAAGCACGGCUCCGUCUUCACCUCCAUGUACCAGGACUCAACCGUGCACAUCCACCACUACAAAAACGGGAUCAUCACAGUGAACUGUGCACGUCUCAUCAAACCUGAUCAGCACGCCACCAAUGGGAUCGUGCACGUGGUCGACCGUGUCAUCACGGCCACCAGCAGUGAUCUGCAGGUGAUGGUCGACAUCGAGGACGACCUGGAAACGCUGAGAACAGCCAUGGCUGCUGCAGGUUUGACCACCAUGCUGGAGGGUGAAGAUCAGUACACUAUUUUUGCUCCAACAAAUGAAGCCUUUAACAAGAUUCCUGCAGAUACCCUGACAAGGAUCCUGGGAGACCCAGUGGCCCUGAAAGACUUGCUGAAGAACCACAUCAUUAAGCACAUACACUGUGCCGAGUCCAUCGUGUCAGGAACCCCAAUGGAGACUCUGCAGGGGACUGUUCUGGAGGUGGGCUGUGAUGGAGAACAGAUGACCCUGAAUGGAAAGGCCAUCGUCACCCUGAAGGACAAGCUGGGAACCAACGGAGUGAUCCACUACAUCAACGAGCUGCUGAUCCCGGACUCUGCUAAAACACUGCUGGAGUUGGCUGAAGGUUCAACCGUUUCAACGGCCACUAAGUUUUUUGUUGACGCUGGUCUGUCCUCCCGGUUGACUGGUUCUGAGGCUCUGACCAUGCUGGCUCCUCUGAACGAGGCCUUCAAAGGAAGCGAAACAAUGAGUCCUGACCUCCGAAAGCUGUUGACCAAUCACAUCCUGAAGGACCAGCUGUCGUCCAAGUCUCUGUACCAUGGUCAGGAGCUGGAGACGCUGGGGGGCCUUAAACUCAGAGUCUUUGUCUACAGAAACAACCUGUGCAUAGAGAACAGUUGCAUCGCUGCACACGACAAAGUUGGACGCCACGCCUCCAUGUUCACCGUUGACAAAGUCCUUGUUCCACCAAUGGGUACCAUCAUGGAUGUUCUGAAGGCUGAUAAUCGCUUUAGCAUGCUGGUUGGAGCAAUCCAGACGGCUGGAAUGACGGAGCUGCUGAACCAGCAGGGGGCGCUCACCUUCUUUGCUCCUACAGACAUGGCAUUCAGGGAGAUGCCCCAGGCGGAGCGAAGCAGGCUGCUGCGUAACUCUCAGCAGCUGUCAUCCGUGCUGCGGUUGCACGUGGGGGACGGCGUGCUGGUCAGCGGGGGGAUCAGCUCUCACGUCAGACUGCUGUCUCUGCAGGGAGAGAAGCUAGAGCUGAACAUGCGGAACUACACCAUCUACGCCAACAAGGUCCCCGUGGUCGAGGCGGACCUGAUGGCGACCAAUGGGGUCGUUCACGCCGUCAACAGCAUCAUCAAGUCCCUGCCUCCAAAGGUGGACAGAGAGCAGGCAGACGGACCGUCUGCUCAGAUGAGAUCAGCUGCGUCCUUCAGGGUGGACUCCAGGAGCUUCAGGAACGAUGAUCUUUUUCAGAAGGUUCUGAAGAGCCACUCCAGCAGGGCGAUGAAGAACAGCCAGUAAUGAGACAAAAAGCAGGACCAUGAGGACCUCUGAGGGACCAGCCAUCAGUUCCUCUGAUACCUGGUUGGUUUGAGGUUCUGGGUGGGCUUUCUGUUCCUGUGUGACAAGGAGAAAUGCUGUUUCUAGAAGUUUUUACAUUUGUUACCAAACCAGUGUUUUGUGCUGAAAAAACAGUUCAUUCACACUUCCUGAGUGGUCUUUUGUAAGGAGUAUUUUUCCUGGAGUCCUCCUGUCAAACAGACACUAUGAGGAGAACCUUCAGGAGCUUUCCUUUGAGUUUUUGUAAAAUAAAGCUGAAAUGCGACCUCG